UCCUCCUCCCCCGGCCCUCUCCCCGGGUCUUGCAGACGUUUUCAUCUGGCUUCGCGGUCGCAGCCGGGCAGCUCCGUGUCUCCGCUGCGGUGUGGUGGGAAGCAGGCGGGUCAACUUGUGGCCGGCGUUGCGGCGGCCCGGACAGUGGGGCGCCGGCGGUUGGGUUCAGACUUCCUGUAAGACAUGAGGUCGCUUUGGAUUCAGCCUUUUGGAAAACAGCCGUUUUUACGACAGUCCUUCCUUUCCUUGUGACCGUUUUGAGGUUAUGCUACUGGAGCUUGUACGGCCCCCCAAACAGUUUCUCGGGACUUGAGUUCCGUGGGCAAACAGUACGUGAAAUGGAAGAUUUUCGGGGCAUAGCGGAAGAGUCAUUUCCAAGCUUUUUAACCAACUCGUUACUUGGUAAUAGUGAGACUUUGGAAAACAUCACUCUUUCUUCAAAUCUUGGAUUGCCUGUUGCUGUCUCAACACUUGCUAGAAAUGGAUCCAGCACUGAUAAAAGGUAUUCCGAUGUCCAGGCAUCUUAUUUAGUGGAAGGGAGGCUUUUAACUCCACCUGAGUCCUCACCCAGCAGCCAGACUGAAGCUGAACCAAAGGGAAAGUUACAACUUAGCUUCCAAGCUGAUGAGAAAAAUAACCAUACUGAAAGUCAACAUUUGUCAAGUGCUGUUCUCAGUGAGUCAGCUUUCCAAAAUAAUGUGGCCAGAACAGAACAUAAGCAAACAACGGAAAAACCCUCUGAGAACCAAAGUCAUUUUCAUAGGAUUUCACCAAUGGAACAAGUGCAAGCCUCACCUAUUGCUGUUUGUUUGCCAGCAUGGAUUAAUAAUAAGGAAAACAAGGUUGUUCUUCCUGACACUGGAAAACUUUAUGAACAUAAGAUUCUAGAUAGUGACCUAAGUCAUACUAGUUUAUUAGAGAACGAAAAACUUGUAUCUCUGACAAGCUUGGAAGAUUCUUCUGAUGGUGAUAUUGAUGAUGAAGAGUUUUAUGAUGAUCAUUUGGAAGCUUAUUUUGAGCAACUGGCAAUUCCAGGUAUGCUAUAUGAAGACUUAGACGAACAGGAUUCUCCAGAAAAAGAUUUUAAAUUACCUGUAAGUGAACCCAGUCAGCAGGUAAAUGAAAGUGGUAGCUUAAACUAUAAACCUUCAUCAGAGAAUAACAGCUCUCUGAUUUCCCAUGGCUCACACUUCUUGAGAAAUUCUGAAUUGACUCACAAAGAGUCUGAGGAACACCAUCCUGUUUGCCUACUUGAGAAAAGUAAAUCAGUUGGUACUGGAGAUAGUACAAGGCAGGUAGAUGGUGUGUUACCGUUUUGCUCUAGUAGUUGGAGAAUUAAAGAGAAAGAAACAGGAAGUUUCAAGGAUAUGGAUUCAGAUCAUGGCAGGGAAAGCACAAGAGAAGUUUUGAGGAGGACGACGACAAUGAGGGAUUUUGCCUCGAUGGAUCCUUCAAAGCUGGAGGCAGGAUGUCAUCAGAAUAAGCACUUGGCAUCUGAUCCAAAGAUGGCUCUGACUAUGGAUAGAAGUGUAGACACUGACACUUGUGAAGUGUCCAUUCAAGGAAAUGUGGACUCGGCAUCUUUGAAAACUGUCAGUGAUAAUGGAGUGAAUUCCACUGACGCUCACCAGUCACCAACUAGUAUAAAGCGAAUAUGUGAAUGUUAUGAGUCCACUGAAAAGAGUAAAGACCAAACAGAUCAUCCACAAAGUGUGGUCUAUCAAAACGAAGAAGGCAGAUGGGUCACUGACCUCGCCUAUUAUACGUCAUUUAAUGAAGAACAAGAUUUGAACGUGUCUCUGACUGGUGAGAUGAAUGAAGACUUUCGAUCUGGUUCUGAAGCUUUGGAUUUGAUUGCACAAGAUGAAGAAGAAUUUAAUAAAGAACACCGAUUUAUACAGGAAGAAAACAUAGAUGCUCAGAAUAUUUCUGGUGCAUUAGGAGACACAUCCUGGGGAACUUCAGUCAAUUACAGUAUGUUGAGGAAAUCACUCAGCACAUCCGAUUUGGACAAAGAUGAUGCCAGUUACUUCCGUCUAUCUUUAGGAGAGUUUUUUGCUCAAAGAUCUGAAGCUCUUGGUUGUCUUGGUGGUGGCCAUAAUGUGAAAAGACCAUCGUUUGGUUAUUUUAUUACAUCACCAGAGAGGAGAGAACCCAUCGCUUUACUAACAAAAUCUGAUGUGUCAGGAAGUAAUUUGGAAAAAGAAACGACUCAUCUUAACUGCGAUCAAUUUUCAGGAGACGUAAAUGAACAAUCCAAGACACAAGUAAGUGAAGGCUCAGUUACACUUCAGGCUGAAGAGCUGGGGAGUAUUUCACAAGUAGAUGAAAGUGAUGUGACAUUAACUCCCAAAAAAGACCAAAGAAAGGAUACUUUCUUCACAAAUAGGAAACCCCAAAAUUACAAAGACAAGGUUAAUGAUGGCGGUGAUUCUGUACUUAGGAUAAGCACCAUUGCUUCUGCCAUUGCAAAUGCAUCAGUGAGUAAUGAUCCUUUCCAACUUGCUGCCAUGAUUAAGGCACUUACAAAUAAAACCAAAGAGAAGACUUUUCAGGAAGAUGGCAAACAAAAGGACUGUUCCACUGUAUCUCCUUUCUCAUCUAGUGAUUUUGAAAAGAGUAGUGGGUCUAGCACAUUUGAUAUGGAGAAAUACCUUAAAAAAACAGAAGUUAGUAGAUUUGAUGAUAGACUGGAAAACAUUUCAAGAGCCGGUAUUUCUGAUAUUUGGGACUUAUCUUUGUCAAAAGAACAAAAUGUACAAGAUACCCAGACAGUGGACCUAGAUGCUACCAAUCUAAGUGCAAGACAACCAGGAAAAAGUUCAGUAGCACUUUCUUAUGGUCCGAAUGGAGAGAGCGAGAACCAGGAGUCCUUUAGAAUAAGCUCCUCAAAUUCAGUUCUUGCAAAUACAAGAGAGAAUGAGAGUGCAGUAAUUGAUGACAGUAUGUGUGCCAUUGACAGCAGAUUAUCAGAUAUGGACAACAGUGAAAAAGCUCCCUCAGUAUCUGCACCACUAUCUAAUAAUGGCUUAUUAGCAAGGAGCCCCAGAGUAGCAUCCCUUUGGAUAUCAGAAGAGUGUGAAGAAAUACAAAAUAAAAAGGAAGAACAGAGAAAAAAUGAAUAUGUUAGUGAAACAAGCAGCAGUGAAAAGCAUGUGGCUUUUGAAAAGCAGCCCCUGCUCUCAACUAAAACCACUGAUUUGAAAAAUUCUUCUCCUAAGCACAAUGGACAUGGCUCAGAGGAUGAACAGGAUAGCUUCAGACCUUCCACUUCCCCACUGAGUCAUUCUUCUCCUAGUGAAAUUUCUGGAACAAGUUUAUCAGGCUUUGCUUUUGAGUCUCUUGGUUUAUCAGCCCAUUAUCAAAACCCUCCCUGUGAGAGCGAGUUAUGUCGGUCAGUGUGUCCAGAGGCUACUAUGAGCAGACUGACUUAUGUGUCUGAACAAAACAGCACCUCUCCCACCCCAGCCUCAAACCUUGGCCUGGAGGACCGUAAGAGUGUUAUCACCAGUGAAUUGAGCACUACAAUUAUUCAAGGCAGUCCAGCUCCAUCAGAGGUGCAGGCUGUGGAAACACUGAAAGAAAAAAUUCCACCUCAAACUCGAGGAAAGAGAAGAUUGCCGUUCGUUGUCCAGAGUAACUCAGACACGGACAAAGUGACUGAAACUACAUCUCUAAGUAGCAGGCCUGAAGAUGGAAAGCCUAGACUGUGCAAAGCAUUCUCCUCCAAAAGUGGAGGUCUGUCAGAAGACAGCGCAGUGGGCGUGACUUCAGCUCCUAGUGAGCUGGACCAGAGUAGUCUGGCUGCCCUGAGACGGUCAGGCCUCGAUCACCCAGCUGCAUCAGCUACAACACACAUUCCUGUGCCACACCACAUCUCUGUGAAAGAAGGUCAAAAACCAACUUUUGAAAGUACAUCAACUGCUGACAGUACACUAAGUGGCCAGGCGCCUCAUCAGUUAGCCUCUGUCAGCUCACAUGCCCCUGUUCCUAGCUAUGUGGCACACGGCUCGGUGCCUGAGAAGCAGAACGUGCCCAUCGCAGUUCCCUUGCUUCUCACUCAGCAUUCUGUCACCACAGCUCCCUUUGCCCCAAAUUGUUUGGGAGCACAACCUUCCACUAAAAACGGUGCUUUGCCUUCAUGCCAUGCCAGUAGUUCUACUGUCUGUGGAUUCUCAGGAAGCUAUCCUUGUCCUGCCGCUGGAGGAGAACAUGUCCAGAACUCUGUGGCUGUGGGAAUUUGCUUAGGCCAGAAUAUGAGCUCUGGAUCGAUGAGCACCGCUGCCCUCUAUAACCCAUAUCCUGGCACCUUAGAUCAGAAUCUCCUGCAUACGGCAAAAUCUUUUUCUGUGCAAUCUGUUGGUGCAGUUUAUGGAAUUGAUUCAUGGGAGUCAGGAAUGAUGGCAGAAUUUGGGAAAGUGCGAGUGCCGGAGGAAUUGAAGUUUCCUCACGCCUGCUGUGUCGGCAUUGCUUCGCAGACACAUCUCAGCGUACUAAACCCGACUGACCGCUGGCUGCAGGUCAGCGUUGGGGUUCUCAGCAUUACUAUUAAUGGUGAAAAGGUGGAUCUUUCGGCAUAUCCUUGCUUAGUUUUCAAGAAUAAAAUUAUCGUAAGACCUCAUUCCACAGAAGAAAUAAAAGUACUUUUCAUCCCCUCUGAUCCUGGGAUUUUUAGAUGUAUAUUCAGUGUGGCUUCAUGGCCAUUUUCUGCUGAUUCUGACACAAUAGUACAAGCAGAAGCCUUGGCAAACAGAGUCGUUCUCACUGCACUUGCUGAGACACCUGUGAUUGAGGUAGAAACAGAAAAGGAUGAUGUUCUCGAUUUUGGUGACCUGACUUACGGAGGCUGGAAAGCUCUUCCACUAAAACUGAGAAACAAGACACAUGCAGUUGUACCAAUCAGACUUAUUAUUAAUGCUAAUGCUGUAGCCUGGCGCUGCUUUACACUGUCCAAGGAACCUGUCCUUUCUUCUGGGAAAGGCACCCCGUACGCCAAUGUGAUUGCUCAGCUUGCGGCUCCUUCAGUGAUCACCCACAUGAUGCCUGCCAGUUACGAUGGACAGGAUCCAGUUCUGAUGGUUUGGGUUCUUUUCCAUAGCCCCCCAAAGCAGGUUCCUUCUUCAGAAAUCCUUGACUCCGCAGAAGAAUUCUUGGCAAGAGUUGAUGUUGAAGUCGAUAGCCCAAACCCAACAUCCGCCAUUAAGAGCGUAGGUCUUCGAGCAAGAAUAGGAGUGGCUAGAAUACAUGCUCCAAAAGACUUGCAGACUAUUCAUUUGUUUGCCAGUGUGGCUUCCUCAACAAAACAGCAUCUACCUUUGAAAAAUGCUGGGAAUAUUAGUGUUUACUUAGAUAUCAAGCUCCCGGGUCAAGGAAGUCACUUUUCAGUGAACCCAGAGAAGUUAUUUCUUAAGCCUGGAGAAGAACAGGAAGUUAUCGUUGCAUUUGCUCCAAAGGAUCCCAAAGCCUCUGAGGAGAGGAUCCUGAAAAUAUUUGUGCAGCCACUUGGACCUCAGUAUGAAGUUGUGUUAAAAGGUGAAGUCGUUUCUUCAGAAAAUAAACCCCUGACUCCUGGCUCUUGCUCCGAUAGUCCAUCAAUUUUAUCCAAUAAACAGUUUAUGGCUUGGGGAGGUGUCCCUCUUGGUAGAACACAGCUUCAAAAACUAGCUUUGAGAAAUAAUUCUACGUCUGCAACCCAACAUUUACGACUGCUCAUUAGAGGAAAAGAUCAGGACUGCUUCCAGCUUCAUCACACAUUCGGUUCAGAAGAGCAAGUGACCAAUAGUUGUGAGAUCAAAAUUCACCCAAAAGAAGACAUUAACAUCUGUGUAUUGUUUGCACCUACUCGACUGUCUUGUAUGUUGGCUAGACUAGAAAUUAAACAACCUGGAAUUCAGUUACAGCCGGGUGUUAAGUUUACGAUUCCUCUGUCUGGAUAUGGAGGGACCAGUAAUCUUAUUUUGCAAGAUGUUAAAAAACUAUCUGACAGUUACCUGGUGACAGUGAAAGACUUAAUACCUGGCCAAGAAAGUCGAAUUGUUUUUUCUGUUCGUAACACUGGCUCUCGGGCAGCUUUUGUUAAAGCAGUAGGUUUUAAAGAUUCUCAGAAGAAUGUUUUGCUGGACCCUAAAAUAUUAAGGAUUUUUCCAGAUAAAUUUGUACUCAAGGAAAGAACACAAGAAGAUGUUACUCUAAUAUAUAAUCCACCAGACAGAGAAAGUAAUUAUAAAGCCACAACAGAGUUGUCAACUAUCUACUUCUUUGGUGGAGAUGAAAUUUCAAGGCAGCAGUUUCGAAGAGCCCUAUCACAGAAACCAGGGAUCAUAAAGCAGAUCAUUCCUGAACAGAGUGUGCUGCACAGCAUUGACUUUGCGGAGGUUUUUGAAGGUGAACUACUUGUAACCGAAGUGUGCGAUCUUCCUCUGCGACCUAAUGAGAUUCAGCUCUUUUAUGGAAACAUGCGGAAAACUAUACUCUCAGUCGUUGGGGAGCUCAGAGAUUCCACUUGCAGUAGAGAAUUUCUUCGGCCUCCUUCCACGGCCGGCUUAGACUCUCAGAGUGAGCCUGACAGUUUGGGGAAGCAUGGUGGCAAUGUAUCUCUGGAUGUUUUGCCAGUUAAAGGUCCUCAAGGUUCUCCACUUCUUUCACAAGUUAUCCACCCUCCUCAAGACAAAGCCGCCUCUGGAGAAACAUGGACUGUUCAACCUGAACAUCUGAUCUUGGUAGCCCCCUCUCCUAGUGACCUGGCAAAAACUGGACGUUUCCAGAUUUUCAAUAAUUCUGUCAGAUUACUGAAAUUUGAACUGUACUGGCCAGCACACUGUCUUACAGUGACUCCACAACAUGGGUUUAUUGCCCCAGAGAGUAAGUUACAAAUUCUUGUGAGUCCCAAUUCCUCCUUGUCCACAAAACAGUCAAUGUUCCCAUGGAGUGGUUUCAUCUAUAUUCACUGUGACGAUGGACAAAAGAAAAUGGUGAAAGUUCAAAUUCGAGAAGACUUAGCCCAAAAGGAACUUCUCACUCACUUGUCAUCCAUUCCAUUGGGAAUUCAGUCUCAAGAAUCUGAUCCUGUAGUUCAUCAUCUGGCAAAACCAAUGACAAAACCACCUUCCACUAAAGUCGAAAUAAGAAAUAAGACUAUUACAUUUCCUGCCACAGAACCCGGUGAAACUUCAGAAAGCCAUUUGGAACUUGAGAAUCAUGGUAACACAGAAGUGAAGUGGCAUCUGUCAUCUUUAGCUCCACCUUACGUCAAGAGAGUUAAUGAAAAUGGAGACGUUUUUAGAGCUACCUACGCAGCGUUUAGAUGUUCUCCUAUUUCUGGUGUGUUGGAAAGCCAUGGUGCUCAAAAGGUUUCCAUCACAUUUUUACCCAGAGAUAAAGGAGAUUAUGCCCAGUUUUGGGAUGUUGAAUGUCACCCUGUUAAAGAGAGUCACAUGAAACAUACCUUGAGAUUUCAGCUCUCUGGACAAAGUGUCAAAGCAGAAAAUGAGACUGAAAAUUCAUCCAUUUCCACAAACACGCUCGUUAAAAUAGAUAAUCUAGUUAAGCCUCGAAGACGAGAUGCACCAGAGGCUUCUGCUAUGAUACCUGGUAAGCAGCUUGACUUGACUCACCGUGGAGUUUACGCCCCGGAAGAUGUGUAUCAGUUUCUGCCAACUAGAGUUGGGGAGUCAAGAACAUUAAAAGUUAAUCUGAGAAAUAAUUCCUUUAUUACACACUUGCUGAAGUUUUUAAGUCCCAGAGAGCCUUUCUACGUCAGACAUUCAAAAUAUUCUUUGAGAGCCCAGCACUACAUCAACAUGCCUGUGCAAUUCAAACCAAAGUCAGCGGGCAAAUUUGAAGCUUUGCUAGUUAUUCAAACAGAUGAAGGCAAGAGCGUUGCUAUUCGACUAAUUGGUGAAGCUAUUGGAAAAACUAACUAGAAUACAUUUUGUGUAUAUCACAGAGGUUAUAUAUUGGUGACUUCAUUUUUCUGCACUACAACUAUGCUUCUGUAUAUAUUUUGUAUGAUAAAUAGUAUAUGUAUAGUUAGAGUUUGUUUUGAGAAGCUAGCACUGAAGACCAGACUAAAAUAUCAUGUAUCAAUCUAUAGUAAUGUACUUAACUUUUAUAGGAGAGAAAAGAGUUCUAUUUUUACACUGAUUAUGAUAUUCUGAAUAAAUUAUAUCUACAUUUUAAUGUGGCAUAUCUAGAAAUAAAGUUAAUUUUCACAAAG